GAGUCAUGCAAAAACAGCGGCCCGGCCGGGGGAAAUCCGCGCUGCCACCCAGCUAUUACGAGGGGUUUAUUGAGAAGAAAGGACCCAAGGAAAAGGAGCACAAGCGAUACUGGACAAGUCUGAUCGGAGACACUCUGUUCUUCUUCAAUAGCUCCAGGGACACCAGCUAUGUGGAGAAACUCUGUCUGUCUGGCUUCCUGUCGCUGGCUGAUGACAACAGCCGAGACAAGAACCUGGGGGCGGGGCGACUGACACUGAAGAUGCGAGACGGAGAGUUCCGACUGACGGUUCCCAGUCUGGAGGCCCGGGAGGUGUGGAAGGGAUUCAUCUACACUGUCGUUGACCUCGCUGUGCCCCACUCUCUCACUCUGCUGCCCGGUCAGAUUCACCAGUUGCAGGAGGUCCUGUCAGAGGAGAAGAAGCGGCGCAGGAAGCAGGAAGACAGCGUGGCUCCCCCCGCAGACAGCCCAGCAAACUGCUCUGAGCAAGAGACAGAACUACCCAGAUGCUUCAACAAAGUGUCCCGGACGGAGGCAGAGUCUCUCCUGGAGAAAUACCCGGACUGUGGGAACCUGUUGCUGCGCCCGGGCAGAGACGGGCAGAGCUAUGCUGUGAGCACCAGAGAAGAGCUCAAUGGGUCUUCGGUGAUGAAACACUACCGAGUGGGGAGGCAGGGCCCAAGCUACCUGAUCGAGGUGGAGAAUCCUAUCUCGUGCUCCUCUCUCAGUGACGUGGUGAGCUGCUUCGUAGAGAAGACGGACCGCACCCUGGUGCCCUUCAUCCUGCAGGAGGACUACGAGCACAGCAUCAGUUUUGUUCAGUUGGAGAGAGACAGUGGGGAGGACACUGUGCAGCGCUCCCGAGCGUUCUCGAGCCCCAAACCGCCCCUCCUGCCCAAAAAAACAGGUCUCCCCUCUCCUCGGGCUUCACUUCCCAUCCUGUACACCGAGCCAGAACCGGAGCCGGAACCAGAACUGGAGCCGGAACCAGAGGAAAACAUUUACCUGAACGACUACUGUAAUGCUCAGAGUGUGGAGGACACUGUGAAGAGAGGUCAGGCUAACCACUCCCCCCGACCCCCCCUGCUGCCGCCCAAACCAGCUCUGACGAAGAUGAACCCAUUCAAUACUAAGACUCCCGUGAAGCCCCCCGUGUGUCUCAAACCCAAACCCAACCAGCGUCCCCCCUCUGAAUCCAUGGCAACCAUGAAGCCCCUGUUACCACAGCAAUCACAGCCCAACGAGAUGCUGCUGCACAGUGUUUCAGAGGAGCUGCGUGAGAAGCUGCUGCAGAGGCGAGUGAAUCUCAGCUGAGAGACGGGGGCCGACGGGGCCCGGGACACAGUAAUAGAGUGAAAGAGAACAUUUUAAAUGAUGCUGCCACUGAACAAUGCUCCACAAAAUGACAAAGCAGCCUGUCCUGAAACAAGGACAAGGGCAGUGAAACGGUUAAAGCUCUGGUGCACAACUCAGGUCAUGGAGGGCCGGGGUCCCUCCUGGUUUUUGUUUUAACCAUACCCUAAAUUAUUUAAUUGGACCAAUUAAGCUUCUAAUAAGAGCCAAUAAAGUAGUUUAGGGUGCAGCUGGAAUAAAAGCCUGCAGAGACCCCGGCCCCCCAGGACUGAGCUGUGCCCCACUGGGUUAAAGCAUCUCGUUUCUGCUACACAGUAGAGCGCCACGCAGGCUUGAUAACGUGUUGCUGUAGCGCUGCUCCUCUGAGCUCUUGAGUGAACUCACUGCUUCUCUCUGAGUUUAGAAGCUCUUCUGAUUCACCAGGACUGAGCAGCUGGGCAAACGGGUUCCUGUUGAGAUACACUGAGAGCGACGAGCAUCAGCAGGAGCAAACAGAGCACUUCGAUGAGAGGAUCCACCCUGCCCUACCGUCUCAACCCGCUUUCAUGCCCCGCGGUGCCACAAUAAGAACGCUGUGCUAUUUGUGGGGUGCGUAAUCCCCUUUGUAUAGGAAACGUUUAAAGGACUCGUGUUAAAAAAACAGUAUUGUAAAAAGUGUGUAGAAAUUUGGAAGUACAGUAUGUGUGUCCUGUAUCAAUCCAUUCCGAUUCCAAACGCAAUUUGUCAAAAGAAAUCAAAUACAAAAUCACUGAAGUU